AUGUGCAAGGCAGUUCGUGUGUUCGUGUGUCUUUCCUUAUGUUCACACGGCCGCUGCCGACAUGGAUCCCGAUGCGUUGGAAACGACGUCGGCGAUUGGACGUUUCAGGUGAAUGGCUGCCGUGAGCUGGGCAUCACUGUCUUGGCCUUCUCGCCCUUAGCCAUGGGCCGCCUCAGCGGGCACUACGACCCUUGGGGCCACGCGCCCACUUGGACAGACCGCGGCAAGAGCCGAGCACGACCCUUUGGGUCCACCCUGGACGCCGACCCGGACGCAUGGCAUCAGCUGCUGAGGAUGCUGCGGCAGAUGGCCCAGAAAUAUGGGAAGACCUGUGCACAGGUGGCCAUUAACUGGGUCCUAUGCCAGGGUGCUGUAGCCAUUUGUGGUGCUCGCAGUGGGGAGCAGGCGGCCGAGAACGCCGGCGCCAUGGGCUGGCGUUUGAGCGCCGAGGAUGCGUUGCUGCUGGGUGCCUUAGGUGCUCGUGGGGAAACCUCCGACUUUCAGCAUGGCUGA